UGGGACAACAGCGCAUUGCAGGUCCUUUUCAUUUCUAUAGACUAUAGAGUCUUAUUCGAGAGUAGUUGAAGAUCAAAACGGAACCUUCCAAAUCACCAGUUCACCACCGUCUGCUGAUAGCUCUCUCCAGUCAACCAUCAAUCAAUCAUGUCUUCCACAUCCAACCUCGGGUGCGCCGUCGUCGCCGUCGACGGCAGCGAGGAGAGCAUGUACGCCUUGCGGUGGGCGCUCGACAACGUCCACCUCCGAUCUCCUCCCGCGGACUCCAGCGAAUUGCCGGGAUCAUUCGUCGUCGUCCACGUCCAAUCGCCGCCGUCUAUCGCCGCAGGCCUCAAUCCAGGCGCCAUACCUUUCGGCGGUCCAAUCGAUCUGGAGGUUCCCGCGUUCGCCGCAGCGAUUGAGGCGCACCAGAAACGAAUUACGCAGGCAAUCUUGGAUCACGCCCUGGAGAUUUGUCGCCAAAAGAAGGUUACUGUGAAAUCGCAAGUGGUGAUUGGAGAUCCCAAAGACAAGAUAUGUGAAGUUGUGGAGAGUCUUAAUGCGGAUUUGCUGGUGAUGGGCUCCCGAGACUUUGGUGCUAUCAAAAGGAUGUUCUUGGGGAGUGUAAGCAACUAUUGUGCAAACCACGCACAAUGUCCUGUCAUUAUAAUCAAGGGAAAGGGCAAGGAGGAGGAAACUUCUUCAUAGACAAAUAAGAAUCAGAAUUACUUCCAAUGCAAUCCGCAUGUGUUUCAGUAAGACUUGUUGUUGUGCUGUCUUCUCUUGUUUUGCGUGUAAAUUUGCUAUGGCGUUCAUUGAUAUAAGUUGAAGCAAAAUAUCAAGAAAAGAAGUACGUGUACCAGGUUUGCAUCAUGUCGUCAAGUGUAAUCGUCACUGUAGAGCCACGGUCACAGGUUGGAUUGUAAGAGAGAAGUGUUUCCGACACCUCUGAAGCAGAAUUCUUCGUCAGAGGUGUUUUGGGUGGGAGAUGACACUUUUUAUGGGACCUGUUUCUGAUGAAAUCUUUUGUUUUCUCAACGUCAAUGACUGGCGGCGGCUUGAGAUGUUGUAAUGUUUGGUGAUUUUGAAAAAGAACAAACUGUAGAAUGACUUCAGUUGCUUUGCUUGUGUGUCCUGACAGACGUGGUAGAAGUUUGCUUGACAUUUUGUGAAUUCUUAUGGAAAAUGGAUACUCGAUCUUUCUCCG